AUGGAUAAUCACAGAGUAAUCUACUCAAAACUGAAUUUGCCCCCAAACCCGAAGAACCAGGAGAGAAAGUCUAAGGGCAAAAAAAGCUCCAUUUUAGUAACUGAACAAGAAAUAACCUAUGCGGAAUUAAGCCUUCAAACUGCUUCUCAGGAUCUUCUAGACAAUGACAAAACUUUCCACAGCAAAGCGACCGCAACACAGAAGCAGACCAAUUCUUUCCAAAAUGAAAACAACCAGAAAAUAUAUAAUUGUAGUUGUCCAGAGGAAUGGUUUACAUAUUCCAACAGCUGUUAUUACAUUGGAAAGGAAACAAAAACUUGGGAGGAGAGUAUGAUGGCCUGUGCUUCUAUGAACUCCAGCCUGCUUUAUAUAGAUGAUGAAGAAGACAUGGUAGGACUUUAA